AAUUAACGUAUCCGACAUGGAGUAUGACAACUUUUUGCACUACUCCAAUCGGCUGCUGAUGGCUAACGUGCUAGGCGACGUUUACGUGGACUUAUCCAAGCUGAAAUCGCCCAACAGCCGUUUCGUGUUCACGCGUGACCUGCUUCUCAAACACAAAAUGCUAGACCAGACGUUGGACAUCGGCAUGGAGUAUGAUCUUCCCAACGUGUCGACGAACCUCCGUCAACAAGGCAACGAGUUAUUUAAGGCCAAGCAGUACGAAAAGGCCGCCCACACGUACACCAAAUGUUUGAUGGGCACCGAUCCGAACACCGAGUGCUACGCGCUCGCGCUGGCCAACCGGUCGGCCGCGUACUUCCACUUGGGCCUGUACAAGCUUAGCCUAAAAGACGCGCGCUGGGCCAUGGAAUUCAAUUAUCCGUCCAGGCUCGCGUACAAGCUGUACGAGCGGGCUGGGAACGCUGAACGCAUGUUGGGCUUGGUCGAACGGGCGAUGCAGAGCUACGCCGUGUGCCUGACGCGACUGGAUGAGGUGGACAUGUCUGAGGAGAAGAAAAGCAAGUUCCGGGAGGCGAUCGAAAAGGCCGCGACCGAAUGCAAGGAAGUGUUUACUGAGCAUAAAAAGACGAUGAAAGUACCUCGCGCCGAUGAGCAGCUGGUUGGCGGAAGAAACGAAAAUAUUCCAGCACUAUCGGCCUUUGUAGAACUGAGAAUGUCCAAGAAUAUGGGACGAGGUGUUUAUGCCACCCGCGACAUUAACCCCGGUGAUGUUGUGGCCAUAGACGAACCUUACAUUUGUGGGCCUAUUUCAGAUCAUACAGAUGUUUGUUAUUAUAGUGGUUGCCUGAAGUUAGACUUUGCUCUUAUUCCCUGUCCAAAAUGUUUAUUGGUUUAUUACUGCAAUAAAGACUGUAUGAAUAAAGCUAACAUAGAUGGACACUAUUUGGAAUGUCCAAUUAUGAAUUUCAUCAAAUCAACACCAGGAAUAACAAGAAUGAAUGAACUUGCUAUGAAGUGGUUUUUAAAAGACUAUUUGAAAAUGGGUUUAAAAAAAUAUUGUUUGAUAGUUGAUAACUUUUCCAAAUCUAAAAUUGAUCCUCAAACAAGGGGUUUUGAUGAGACUGGUCAAUAUAAGUCUGAUAAUUUUUUAACGGCUUAUUCUUUAGAUAGUAGUGAAAACAAAAUUUCAAUAGAUGUCUUGUUUUUUUUUAAUUGUAUUGCUGUUGAUAUGUUGCAUUGUUUGAUUUUAAGUGGCUUCAAAAUUCCAGAAUGUUAUAUAGGUUCUGUGGGGGCUUCCUUGGUGCGUAUUCUCAUUAUUUUAGAUUUAAAUUGUAGAAAGUUAAACAUCAAUGCCCCUACUAUAUCUUUUCAAGGAAAACACCAACUUACUCUUACAAUAGCAUUAACUUUGUAUCCAACUAUUUCCUUGUUCAACCAUUCUUGUGAUCCAAAUAUAAAACGAAGUGGAGAAUUAUCUGAUAGAAUAAGAGUUAUGAAAGCAAUUCAACCAAUUCCCAAAGGAUCUCAGUUGUGCGGUACUUAUGGAAUAAUCUUUCGAGGACACACCAAAGAAUUAAGGCAAGAUAUUUGCAACAAACUGUUUUACUUUAAAUGCCAUUGCCAGCCUUGCAUAAAGAAUUGGCCAAUAUGUCAUUAUAUACCUAAUCGUCUUUCUACACUAAAUAUUCUGAACUCUAAUAUGGCAGAUAUUGUAUCAUCGGAGUGUGAAAAGUUUGUGGAAUUUAUAAAGUCAGGAAAAUCAGAAGAUGAUUAUGAGAAUUUAAAUUAUUUAUAUUCAUUUAUUAAGCUAUUGUUUACUAAUGUGAAACGACCAUUUCAAUUAUACGAGGAUUGCCUUGAAAUUAUAAGUACUAUUCAUACCAUAAGUUCCAUUGAAAUAUACAUUAGUGAAAUAAAUAUUAAUUGAUAUCUCAUUUUUAUAAUAGGUUUAUUAAUAGCUAAAUAAUUUUUAGUUAUAUAAUAAUAGAAGUUUGUGUUUAACUAUUCAUAUAAGUGAUUUUUUUAUGAUUUAAACAAGUUGGUAUUAGUUUUUUUUCUUUAAAUCAGAUACAUUAACUCUAUUACAUUAUAUUAAGAAGAUAAUUUUUAUUUUAUUGUCUAGAUUAUUAACAUAUUAUUAUACUUUGACUUUAUUAUAAUGUAUGCCUAAAUUUCUUACAAGUACCAUAGCAAAUUUGGGUUUUACCUACAUACCCGUGUUUGAUGUAUGUUAUUAAUGCCAGGAUUAGAAUAUUUAGUCGUCGUUAAAAAAUACUAAUUUUAGAUUUUCAUUACCUUUUUAACAUAUCGGUUUUUAUUAAAUUUAAAAUAUCUCAUUCCAAUAAAAAUAUGAAUGUACAAUAAAAUCCUCUACCUACUAUGAGUAUGAGUAUCCAUAAAGUGAUUGUUGCUCUCACCUAAUAGUAGAAACUUCUUGAGUUUAAAUGAAUUAUAUUAUAUCCUUUAAUUCAUAUAUUUGUAAAACAAUAUUAUGUAUAUAAAAAAACCAAAUUUCAAAUAAUAUUUGAACCAUAUUUUAUGAAAAAAAAUGCUUAUUAUGUAGUUUUUAAAUUGUACUGUUAUUAUAAAUAUUUAUCAUUAAAAAAAGGCGGGUAAGUGGAUAGUG